UGAUGUUUUGCUAACUGUUAGCUUCUGAAGCUAGCUUUUAUCUUCCAGUUCGAUAAUCCAGUUUCUUCUGAGUUGCAACAGUUAGCUCACUUAUUAUUGCUGUUUUUACUUAAAUGUUAGACUUUUUUGACAAGCGGAACCAUGAACGGUAGUACGAACCCGCUGUUGGAUAAAGAGGAGCAUGUUUUGAAGCUCGGAGAAAGCUUUGAGAAGAGGCCAAAAUCUUCCUUUCACACCAUCCGAUAUGACUUCAAACCAGCAUCUAUUGACACCAGCUGUGAAGGGAAGCUACAGGUCGGGAAAGGAGAUGAAGUUACAAUAACGCUACCUCAUAUUCCAGGCUCCACUCCUCCAAUGACAGUAUUUAAAGGAAACAAGCGGCCAUAUCAGAAGGACUGCGUGCUCAUCAUUAAUCACGACACAGGCGAAUUUGUUCUGGAGAAGCUUAGCAGCAGCAUCCAAGUUAAGAAAACAAGAGCGGAGGGCAGCAGUAAGAUCCAGGCUCGAAUUGAGCAGCAGUCGGUUCGUUCCAGCCAGCCCAGCUCUCAGUUCCGAGCCCCAACCAAGCCCGGAACCGGGAUCAAAACUUCCCCUUCCCCUUCCCCAUCGAAGGACAACCCCUCUCCAGAGCCUCAGCUGGACGACAUCAAGAGAGAGCUGCGAGCAGAGGUGGAGAUGAUUGAGCAGAUGAGCAGCAGCAGCAGCUCCUCGGACUCCGCCAGUUCCUCGGGGAGCGGCGAUGACAGCAGCAGCAGCGACGGAGAGGGCGAUGCCCCACGGCCGCUCAGCCAGAACUCCCCCAGCCGCAACCCCACGGCCAACGGAGGGAUGGACCGCCAGCAGGGCAACAAUCAGCUCAUGAACACACUCCGAAAUGACCUUCAGCUGAGUGAAUCGGGCAGCGACAGUGACGAUGACUGAACUCUUUGGGUCCGCCCCUCCACACUCCUCUUGCCCCGCCUCUUCUCUUCCUGGUUCUCUUGCCCCCUUGCUGUGAUAAUUGACCUCAUUUAUUUUUAAUCGUGCUUUUAACUGUGUUUUUUUAUUUUAUUUUAUUAUAUUUUAGUACAUCAUUAUAUUGUAUAGAAGAGAUAUUCUAGUUUUACCUGAAAGGCUUAGAAGAUAUUAUAUAUUAGUGCUCAUACAUAUUUUCGUUACUGAAGGAAGCUAGUUUUAUUUACCGGUUUUGUCUAUUUUUGAUGGAUUUGUUUGGUGAGGAAAGCAACAGAGGUAUUAUUCAGAGACAUUUUAGAAAUUGUUGUGCAAAUCUGUUUGUAAGGAUUUAUCUUUUUCUCUUUUAUCUGAACAAAAAGCAACAUUUUUCUUUUGAACUUCGAAACUUUGCAACUACUUCUGCAUUUCAGCCUGCACCAUAUUCAAUACAGAUUAGGACAAAAGUUAAGAAAUAAAAAAAUCUGGUAAAGAAAACAGGAUUAAUGACUCCCUGCUUGCUUCUAAUAGCAAUGGCACAAAAGAAAGGAAAAUAAUAAUAUAAUUGCUUAGAAAUUCCUCCUCAAAAAUAGGCAAAAUAAAAGGGAAAUAGGAAAUGUAUUUUUAAAUUCAUUUGGAGAACAUUUCAAAUACUGAUAUUCAUUUAAAACAUAACAAAAUAGUUUUCCUCUAAAAUAAAGUUCUGUCCCAAAAGAAAAUUAAGUAAAUUUUUAAACUUGUUUGUAGAAGCAAUUAAAACUGUACCAACUUUUAUUUUGAAAUGGUUUUCAGCGCUGAUAUGCAUUAAACUGAAUAAAUACAACUGACAGAUUUAGUAAAAAAUGCAGAGAUUUGUGUUCUCUAGGAAGAAUUUAAACACUUCAGGUUUUUUCUAAACUACACUCAAUAUUUCAGACACAAUAAAUGUGUUUUUACUAUGUGCUCUGCAUUACUUUUACUCAAAGUAAUUAUCUGAUUAAAUUUGGUAAAAAGCUUUUAUAGGUUAAACCCUUAAAAAUAUCGCUCCCAAUAAAUGCAAUAAACUGUUAUUUUCUUUAGUAGCAAACCAAUCAAAUUCCAGGUUAAUCAUAAAUAGAUGCAUUAUUUUACAGAUUUUACUUUUAUUUUACCUCAAAGUGUCAGAAAAAACUCAAAGAAAGGAAAAAACGCAGAUGUAUUUUCAACUUUAUAGCAGUUUUACUGAAAGUAUAGUGACUCUGGUUUUCACUGUGGUUUAGCACUUCUAACAAAAAGCUGAUUUUAUUCCACGUCCUGCAUAGUAGAAACACUUUCGGUGUCUCAACAAUAAUUGAUCUAAACAUUUUCUUGGUGCUCGGUCAAGAUAAAAAAAAAUAAAUAAAUAAAAAAACAACCAAUGAGUGUUAGAAGAAAGUAAACUGUCUAAACUGGAUCUGAAAUAUAGAAUUAUGGAUGUUUUUGUGUUUCAAAUGCAGUAUUUUUUGAAAGAUAUUUUAUUUUCAACCCAAAAGUCUCCAUAACUGUGUACCUCUCAAAGCCUUACAGCAUUUAAUUCAAAAGACAAACAAGAGUGAAUGUUUCAUCUUCAAAAAGAAAAAAAAAAACAUGCCAAAGACUUGAAGUUUGUGUCAUGACAGGUGAGUCGUGUUGUGUCGGCGUGUCAUUGUGUGACUUUGAGUGUAAACAACGCUGUGAUUUUAUGUGAUGACAUUUUUCAAUGUUGUUUGGUUUUGCAACAAAACUGAAAUCGCAGAAAAAGUCAAGUUUAAUUCAGAAUUUUAACCACUUGAAAAUUAUUUUGUUUUAUCCUCAACCAUGCAAAAUAUUAAAAAGAACAAAAAUAAUUGCUGGGAUGUGGUGGAAAGUUUUUGUAGUAUAUGUUGUACACCCUCAUCAGAACAUACUUACCCCACAUUUUAUUAUUGCUUUUUAUUUUGUCCGAAAAAUGAAGUUUUCCACACCUUUCUUACUUGUGUUUCAGAAAAAAAAACUGUAAAAAAUGUUGUUUUCUUCUGCAAGUUCCUGUUCUGAGUGUUUGCCUGUAAGUGAGGUGUGUUUGUAGUCAUUUCUUUGUAGCUGUGCUCAUUUUCAGACGCACAUUAAUGGAAAAUAUUCUUUUCUCGUGGAAGAAACUGUAGCCUAAUACAGUAGUCUAUAUACCUAACAUGUAAACAGGGAAAGGUUCCGCGUGCAUGGCAUGAGGUUCAAAUGUUAUUUCUGAAUUGUUUUACUGAAAAGACAUGAAAGAAACGUGGAAAAAGAAAGCUGGUGGAAAAAUGCAUACUUACAGAUCUUGUUAAAUACUAGUAAAUAAAAGAACAAAUCUAUAAAUAAAUAACUGUUGCAGAAA